AUGUUCCGAACAGGUCUUGUACGUUCCCUAUUUGCAGUCGCUCGCGUGGCUUCAAAGCCAGCUACUGUAGUUCGCUGCUUCUCUCCUUUGGUUACUCCGACCAAUAGUCAAUUGCUGCGAACGGUGCGAAGCAAUGCACCUCUCUUCCGUUCAUUUGCGACGGGGAAUUUGACAUCCAAAGAGAUUUUGGCGAGAAUUGAUGCAUGCGGUAUCAACGAUGCGGGAAAGGAGAAGGUGGUCGCCGAUGAGGUGAAGAAGAAGAAUUUUUCUGCGCUGCGUGAAGUGGGUGAUGUAUUGGUUGAGAAACCCGAGACCAAGGAGCUGGGCAUUCUGUGCUACGUCCAGGCUGCUGAUGCGGGCGAUAUGCUUAGCCAGUUCGCAGUGGGCAAUCUGUACCUCCAGCGCUACUGGCAAGAGAAGAUGCGUCCUGACUACGACAUGAAAAAGAUGAACGAUCUUAUGGACAAAGCGAAGAUUUGGUACGAUUUAUCCGCCAAACAGGGGUACAUCCCCGCGAAAGUGGGUCUCGCCAAGAUGCUCCUCGAGGACCCCACGCACGACAACGUGGCGCAGGCGAUCGCGAUCUACGAAGAAGCCGACAAGGCCAACAACGUCGACGCGACCUACAACCUCGGCUUCAUCUACUACGAGGGCCUGUACAACACGCCGAAGGACCGCGUGAAGGGCUUCCGGUACAUCGAGCGCGCGGCGGAGCUGGGCGACGUGUCGGCGUGCUACUUCCUGGGCUUCGCUCACCACCACGGACUGUUCGAGCACGACAAUCCGAACGCGGCGCAGCCGACGACGGCGAAGGCGGGCGAAGGCGGAGAGCGGCUGUGCGAAGCGGACGCGGCGCGAUGCAUGGAGUAUCUGAGCAAGGCGGUGCAGGGAGGACACUCGAAGGCCAUGCUGUAUUUGCACCAGAUGUACCACAAUGGCGAUGGCGUUGAGAAGAACGCGCAGAAGAGCAAUGACUAUCUGAUGAUGGCCAUGCGGACCGGCGAUCCCGAAGCGCUGUUCAUUCGGGGAAAUCAGCUCUAUUCGGGAGACGAAGGCGUGAAGCAGGAUAAGAAGGAAGCGUUGAAGCUUUUCUUAGAAUCGGGGAAACGUGGAAACGCGGAUGCCAUGUGUAGUGCGGGAGCGAUGGUGUAUAAUGGCGAGGGACAGGAGAAGGACCUCAAAAAAGCCUUCGAGCUGUACACAAACGCGGCCUCGCUGGGAUCAUUAGCCGCUGUGAAGAACAUCGCUUCGAUGUAUUUACUGGGCGAAGGCGUGGAGAAAGACCCGGAAACGGCAAAGAAUCUAAUGCGGUUCAUCGAGGAAGAGGAGAAGAAGAAGCAGAAGAGCGAAAACUCCUCGUUUUCUGUUUAUUGCAACAAACAAACCCACAAAAGAGAGCUGCGGAACAGCACCACACGCAACGUUUCAUUGUUUCCACUGUUUCCACUGUUUCCACUGUUUCCACUGUUUCCACCUUCGAUCUUGCCGACUUUGCACCCGCACUGCGGAUUGGGACACUUCAAAUCGCUCGCUCGCGCUUGCACCUGCCGCUGGAUCCAGCCGCAGCAAUCGCACUCGAGCUCUUCGUGCUGCAGAGCGCUUUGGCGCCAGCGAUCGAAGCACUGCAAAAAGUCGGUAACAACGCGGCGAACUCGAUUCGAACGUUCCUGGGAAAUCGGGGUUUCGCUACACAAACGGCAAAGACAGAGCACUAGUUCGUCGACUGCGCCACGCCAGGAGGCGAAAAAAGAGGAAGAGGCAGGGGAUGAAGCAUCGAAUUCUUCCGAAGCAGAAUUGGAUGAUUCGUCGAAUUCUUUGCAAAAUAGUACGGAAAGAAUGGAGGAAAAAUCGUUGACGUCCUGA